AUGACGCGAUCGAAGGGAGGAUGCGUGCGUAUAAUCGCCGCAGCCAUAUACCUGGCGAUCCACUGCGAUGUGUAUGCCUAUAGGGACGUAAAAUCUGGCGGAAUUGAUGGCAGUGGAGUGGGUCCUGUUUCCAUGCGACCUGCCGAUUACGCGAAACUCAAGUUUCUAGACGCAAUCAGCGGUUCUAAAUCCGAAGAGCAAAAUGAAGAAGCAGAGUGGGUUGAAACACCCGAAGGAAUGAUCGCAGGGCCGAAGGGAGGAGAGCAAGAAAUCAAUCCAACUGAUGUGACUCCGGAAGGGUCGCCCUUGGAGGGCAAUCCACAGGAAGAACACUCGUCUGCCCAACCCAUUAGAGAGCAUACGGCAGUUGGCAGUGAAGAAAACAUCGCAGUUCUCGAACGCAGCGUUGGCAUCAAAGGGUUCAUGGAGCCUUUUAUAAACAGUCUCAGCGCCGAUCUUCGCCACAUGCUACUCGCGCAAACGGGAACCAACUUCCUUCAUGUCUACCGGAAAUAUGCUCUAAAGCUGGAAACUCUGGAGAUGCCGGAGUACAGAAAGAAGGUAAAACUGGUUGAGGAAAAGGCCGAUGCAAUCGGCUUUGUUGAUUUCAGCGAAAAAAGGAGGAACAACCUCAUGCCAGAGGUUAACCAGGAGGCGAUGAAGGUGGCAGGAAUAACUUCGCUGCUUCAAAUUGGUACCGAGGUAGCUUUUCCCAAGUUUAAAAAGGCCGCGAAACCAAAACAAGAAAGCAAAGACAAAAAGGUGCCAGCAGUCAAGGAGGAACCAAAGACCGCCAAGGAUCCUCCACCUGUAACGGUUUUCGAACCAUGGAGGAAAAACGUUAAAGUACUUGAAGCAAUGCUUAUCAAAGUGCUGUUUUUGCUCGGAGGAGACAAACAGACACUUAAUGUGUCUGAUAGGCUCCGCAACAUGGCGAGGGCGCUAGGCUUCAGAAAAAAAGAAGAGUCUGAAGAGAAGGCUGAGAAGAGCUCAACCGCGAUGAACCUUGGUAUGGAACUUUUCUGGGCAUGUGGAAACAAUCCUUUCCUGCUAGGUCACCUGGCGACGAACAUGCUGGCGUACACGCAGUACAAGCUCUUCUUUGAUGGUGCUCAGGGGAGACCAUUCUACACAUGGUUGGACCUUGUCAAGUCAGGAAACCUGGACAUGCUCGACAGAAUGUGUGGCACCAUACGUGGCCCCAAAUACAAAAGGGAUUCUAAUGGGUCUGUCACGGUCAACAAAAACAGGAAACGCAAAGACGAUCCGCAACUCAAUGCGGAUGGUGUCUUUCUGUGCAACCUGCUGGAAGUGCUUCUGGUAUCAAUAGAUGCCUCAAUAGACGCCAUGGGGCAAUUGCUCAGCCAGUAUGGUGUGCCUUAUGAGCACAGUGUCGGUGCAAUCGCUAACGGUAGACGUAUGCAGGCAUUUGUGUGUUCUGAUCCCAGGGAAUCAGCCAUUGUUGUCAGGUGUGACUUUGCGUCCAGCACGCUCAAUUCAAGUAAAGUAUUCGAGGGCAAAUCCCAAUAUGAGGGAGAAGAGCUAUGGCAACGACUUCAAGAUGCGUUCGAUCUCUUUAAGCUGUUGAGUGAUGUGAGCCUAGAUGGGGAAAUACCAACCACCUGGCUGAGGAUGAUUUCAGACCCGAGGAAAUAUGCAACCGUCUUCGAAUACGCAAUCAAAUUCGAUAACAGGAUGUUCUCAGGUAAAAAGAAAUCGUGGAUGUCAGAAUAUAAAAAUCUCGAAGAUAAAGUUCUUCCAUCCAACUAUCGCGGUAAUAUCGACCUGCGUACAGCUUCUUCGUUGCUGUAUAGCGGAGGUAACAAAGCGAAGACAGGCACUGAUGCGUCACUCAAAAGAGCCUUACUGUAUAUGUCAGCUUCUGGAAUCAAAACCUGGGUUUCUGGCAACCUUGAGGGUCUGCAGAAGAAUUUUGGAUUCUCACCGUCUGUACUAUUAGCGGGAAACUUGGCACCAUACUUCAGGCAAGUUGCGCAAAGCACCAGCGGUGGAUUGAGCCACAUCUUUUUGUACCACAUGCUUACCUCUCCGACGCCUGCCUAUCAUUUCCAAGGGGAUGUCAACAAUUUCAGGGGAGGUAACCUUUUGUACAACAUUGUAGAGUCGUCCAACAUGUUCAUACCCGCCAGUCUCAAGAGAGGGAUCAAGUGGUUGCUCAAAGGAGGCCUAGCAAAGGAAUUCAGGCGCGAAAAGGCCAAACACACGUUGUUGCAGCUGUUGCCGGUUGAACUGUUGAGGAAGGCUGUAGGUGCCAUUACUUUCGUAACUCAUUCACUCGCCGAUAUGCAAAUUAAUCAAAACGCGCACAUUUGGGGGCGUGGCAUGAUGUCGGCAAAGCAGAGAGAGCACAAACAUUUCGUGAACGGAGGUUAUGUUAAUCAUGUCGACACGAUCAUUAAGGAGUGGUCAGACGAGGGGUACACAGAUGCCAUCGCCAAAAAGGUGCAACAUGGAGAUGACCUUGACAAGGAAGAUCUCAAAAAUGCGGAUAUGCAUCAUAUAGCGCAUUCAGAGUCUCUUAAGUGGGACAAGUACCUGAACGCACGUAUACUGGAAGGUUAUAAUGCGUUCCUUGACAUGCCCUCCAUGAAGGUCCUUGAGGGGAAGCACUCAUUGGUAUAUGAAAUUGUCAAGGAUACCAGAGACAACCUCGAGCAAAACCUCGGCGAUACAGUAUUCUUCGGGCGUGUGGUGCCACCGCCAGUGUACAAUAACAAGUGGAAACGGUUUUUGCAAAGGGCUUCUAAGGUGAGGAAAAUUAUAUUCAAUAGGUCUCUACAAAACGUCGAGCAUGCUGUUUGGUUUGGAAUCAAACUCAAUUAUAAACAUGUGGUAGAGGUUGUCGAGGAACUUAACAAAAUAUCAAACCUCAUAUCGUCCACUGAAUCAUACAACCUCCAGGAAGCUUUUGGUCACAUCAUCGACGACGCUGUCGCCGUUGUGGCCAACGAAGAGUUCAGACGUCCCAGUGGGACCCAGGAGAACUUCGGAAUUCCCAGCAUCAACCCGUUAUACACUAGAAUGACACCGGAUGAAAGGAAGGUUGAAUUCCAGCAAGGUAUGUGCGGCCAGCAUUGCGGUGCCAUCUGGAGGGCUCUCUUGGCAUUCACAAUGAACACCAUGCGAAGCCCCGCGUCGAUUAAAACGUUUGAAAAGUCGCUCAGUCAGAACAACACUCUCCAGGACAUGGAAAAGCCGGAAUUUGUCAACUCGAUGAGGUUUAUUCUCAAGGGUGAUGCGAUGCUUCACAUGUAUGACAGUAUGCUGCCGAAGAAGAUGAAAAACGAGCUGAGAGCUAUAAAAUAUGGAAAGGCUUUCUACUUCGCAAAUAUCAUGAAAGUGGCCUCAAACGUGCUAGGCAUAUUGGGUUACAGGUAUACGUCUAACAUGCUACGCAUACAGGCGCCCUAUUUCGGCAACUUCGUUGUUCAGUGGGAUAGGGAGAGGGAGAAGUCACGGUCCAAAGCCAUAUUUGCUUACCUAUCCAUCGGAACAAUGGCCGCAUACUCUGUCAUGCAGUGUGCGGAGAUCACGCAACACGCAGCAGAUGUUGGUCAGGGACCCGUCGAGUCGUGUUUCAUGCUUAUCAAGCCCCCGAGGAUGCACUGCUUGCUGCAACCGGCUGAGACAAUUGUGAAAACGGCGCUGUCCAUCGGGGUGCAGGACGCGCUCUCCGUCACCGUCAUGGCGGUUAUCGGACCCUACUUCUUCUUGCCCAUGGCGGCGUACGCCUCGUGGCAGAUACUGAAGCACCACUUCAAGGUAAUACACCGCCUGGAUAUCGCUCUGUCAAACACUUUCAAACGGAUGUGGAGUAAAAUCUCCGCAUCGUCUAUCGGUAAAAAACUCACCGCAUGGUUCAAGAAGCGUCGUGAGCAUCGCAAGGACAUCGAAUCCAAGGGAUUGUUGGCAAUGAAAAACCAGCAGCCCACCAACGAAGAGUCGGGGGCUGUUGCGGUGGCGGACGAGAUGCUUAAGUCAGAUGACUACUUUUCGUACACUAGCUUUGGCUGA